GCGCACGGGCCGGCGCCGGGGCGGCGGCGCGGCUCCCGGAAAGGAGCGGAGCUUCUGGGAAGCCGGUACUGUGUCGCCGCUGCUACCACCGCGCUGCGGUGGCCGGGAUGCCCUCCGCUCACAGUUUCCCGCUGCCGGGAGCGCCGGACGCCGAAUGGGGUGCUGCCGAGCAGGAGGUCUCUAACUCCGGGAGGACCCCUUUAUUUCUGUAAUGGUGUGUGAGGACUGACUCCUAGAACGCCACCUGGCCUCGGACCCGUCAGCAUGGGGAGGAUCGGCAUCUCCUGUCUUUUUCCUGCUUCCUGGCAUUUUAGCAUCUCUCCAGUGGGGUGUCCUCGAAUUCUGAAUACCAAUUUACGCCAGAUUAUUGUUAUUAGCGUCCUAGCUGCCGCUGUUUCACUUUUAUACUUUUCUGUUGUUAUAAUCCGAAAUAAGUAUGGGCGACUAUCCAGAGACAAGAAGUUUCACAGGUACUUGGCACGAGUUACUGACAUUGAAGCUACAGACACCAAUAACCCCAACGUGAACUACGGUAUCGUGGUGGACUGUGGUAGCAGUGGGUCUCGCAUAUUCGUCUAUUGCUGGCCAAGGCACAAUGGCAAUCCUCAUGAUCUGUUGGAUAUCAGACAAAUGAGGGAUAAAAACCGAAAGCCAGUGGUUAUGAAAAUAAAACCCGGCAUUUCUGAAUUUGCUACCUCUCCAGAGAAAGUCAGUGAUUAUAUUUCUCCACUCUUGAACUUUGCUGCAGAGCAUGUACCACGGGCAAAACACAAAGAGACGCCUCUCUACAUCCUCUGCACAGCUGGAAUGAGAAUUCUUCCUGAAAGCCAGCAGAAAGCCAUCCUGGAGGACCUCCUAACUGAUAUCCCCGUGCACUUUGACUUCUUAUUUUCUGACUCUCACGCAGAAGUGAUUUCAGGGAAACAAGAAGGUGUGUAUGCUUGGAUUGGCAUUAAUUUUGUCCUUGGACGAUUCGAGCAUAUUGAGGAUGAUGAGGAGGCAGUUGUGGAGGUUAACAUUCCUGGUAGUGAAAGCAGGGAAGCUAUUCUCCGUAAAAGGACAGCCGGUAUUCUGGACAUGGGCGGCGUGUCGACUCAGAUAGCGUACGAAGUUCCCAAAACUGUAAGCUUUGCCUCCUCACAGCAGGAAGAAGUAGCUAAGAACUUGUUAGCUGAAUUUAACUUGGGAUGUGAUGUUCACCAAACUGAGCAUGUGUACCGAGUCUAUGUGGCCACAUUUCUUGGGUUUGGUGGCAAUGCUGCUCGACAGAGGUACGAAGACCGAAUAUUUGCCAGCACCAUUCAAAAGAACAGGCUCCUGGGGAAACAGACCGGUCUGGCUCCUGAUACUCCAUACCUGGACCCCUGCUUACCCCUAGACAUUAAAGAUGAAAUCCAGCAAAAUGGACGGACCAUGUACCUCCGGGGAACAGGAGACUUUGACCUAUGUCGAGAGACCAUCCAGCCUUUCAUGAAUAAAACAAAUGAGACACAGACUUCCCUCAAUGGUGUCUACCAGCCCCCAAUUCACUUCCAAAACAGUGAAUUCUAUGGCUUUUCGGAGUUCUACUAUUGCACUGAAGAUGUGUUACGAAUGGGGGGGGAUUACAAUGCUGCUACAUUUACUAAAGCUGCAAAGGAUUAUUGUGCAACAAAGUGGUCGAUCUUGCGGGAACGCUUUGACCGCGGACUCUACGCUUCCCAUGCCGACCUCCACAGGCUGAAGUAUCAGUGCUUCAAGUCGGCCUGGAUGUUCGAGGUGUUUCACAGGGGCUUUUCGUUUCCUGUCAACUAUAAAAAUUUAAAGACAGCCUUACAGGUUUAUGACAAAGAGGUUCAGUGGACGCUCGGAGCAAUCCUUUACAGGACCCGAUUUUUACCGUUAAGGGACAUCCAGCAGGAGACCUUCCGGGCCAGUCACGCUCACUGGCGGGGCUUCUCCUUCGUCUACAAUCACUACCUGUUCUCAGGCUGCUUCCUGGUGGUCGUGCUCUCCAUCCUCCUGUACCUGCUGCGGCUGCGGCGCAUUCACCGGAGGACGCCCCGCAGCGCCUCGACCGCCGCCCUCUGGCUGGAGGAAGGCCUCCCGUCCCAGAAGAUUGCCAGCGCCCUGUGAAGGGGGUUCGAGAGCCCUGGAAGACUUUCUGAAGGAAAAGCCAUUUUUGCCUCAGGGUUUCUCCUCUUUAUUCUCACUUGGUUUUGUUUCUCCUUUGCCCUUUUGUUCCUUGAAACAGAAACGAAAUCCAUUGUUUGUAAGCUCCACUGUUUUGUCUACAGCUUUAAAUUGAGGAGCAGGGAAAAGGGAAAAUCACUUCAUUCUUGCUGCACAGGAUAGCAACCUAAGAUUGUCUGUUUUUCUUUGAGGUGUGUUACAUUUGAAACAUGCACUUGGAUAGUGAAGGGAAUGGCAAAGCUGUUCUCCAUCAGAGAAGGUAGUGCUGACGGUUGAUGCUUUCUCCAAACCAGAACCCCACGGGCUGAAUCAUAGUCCUCUUUUUGUCUAUCUCAAAAGCUCUGACCUACACAGGGUGAUGCAUUGUUUUUAUUGUUCAGGUCUGUCCCUGUAUAGUUUCUUCAUAGACUUAAAAAAUCAAAACCAUUUAUAUCCAAGAUAGAAAUACAGGAACCAGGAGGUACUAUUUUUAAAACCCAUAGUCCUGGAAGAUGUGAAAUAAUGACUAGAGCAGUGUGUGUGUGUGUGUGUGUGUGUGUGUGUGUGUAAAAGAGAAAGAAUGUGUGUGAGAGAAUAUGUGUGAGAGUAUGUGUGAAUGGGUUUGAGAGAAACCAUGUGAGAUAAUGUGUAUGUGAGAGUGUGUGAGAGAUAAAUGAUAGAGGAUGAGAGAAUGCAGUACUCUUUUAAAAACACACGCUUUAGAAUUUAUUAUUUCAAUUCUUUUUAUGUAGAAAAAUCCCCCUUACCAUUGUCUUUCCUGACACAGAUAAUGACUUUCUCAGUCCCACCUUUCAGCAGCCCUAGAAUAGUAUGUUUUUGAGUGAGUUGGAAAAUUCAUCAAGUUGCAGCAGUUUUGAGGUCAUUAGAACUGGAGCUAGUGUCUACCCACAGGCAGACACGUCAUGGUUUCUUAGUGGUACACUUUUGCUGAUUUAAUCGCACUCCAGUUUUUUCCAAUUCAAGUUGAUGUCCCCCUCCUUCAUGAAAAAUGGUCUCAGCGGUUUUAUCUUGGAGACCCCAUACUUAGCUUGACCGGUUGUCUUUAUUACUGUCAUGGUUGAGGCUAUGGUGGUAGUUCCACUGUAAAUCCAGACUAAGAGAUGUCUCUGGCUUUAAUACAAGAAAUAAACUCACAUUUUGAGAAAACAGGUUCAACAUCUUAAACAAAAACCGAAAGAGAGCAACUAGAUUGGCUUACGUGAGAUCAGUUGUUUUUCACCUGUUCGUUUAGUUUAGAGGCUUUGGGAAUUCUCAUACCUAGAUUUUUCAGACGAAGUUCUUUUUGUGAGUGUGUAUGUAUGUACGUAUGCUAUUUCUUAAUCCCAGAACAGUUAAAUUGGCCUGGUUGGUAGCAAAUGUGUAUUUUGAGAACCAAGAGCUUCUUCUCUGGACAUCAUUUGUUAGAGAAAGGUUUCAGAUCCUGAAGCCUUUAUUUAACUUAAAAAAAAAAAAAUGGACUUUUAUCUUAUUUAUUAACUACUUAAAAUGGCAUAUAUCAUAAGUAUAUUGAUGACUUGAAAAGAUCACAAAUACAGAAAAGAGAGCAAAUUCUCUUACUGUGCUCUUCAAAGUGAAUAUUCUAACAGUGAGAAAGUUGUUAGAAUCUUUGUCUCGUGAAUACCCAGAAGGUUGGAGGAGCUCUGUGGUAGUUCAGUCUCUUGUGUCAGAGAGGAGGGAGGUAAAUGUCCCUGUGGGAGAUCUGGCUUCCGAAACACUGGUCUGCAGCUCUUGAAGUGCUUGGUCCCUGGUAAACACUGUUGUUCCUUAUCAAGACCCAGCCUCAGACAAGCUGUGUUUUAGAUAUCCCUAGAAGUAGAGUGAGCUGGUGUGCUUCCCCUUGACUCGCUGGAUGGGGUUUGUUCUGUAGACUAUGGGUGCCAUCAGUGGUGAAGAGGAAGUGUGUUCACACUUGAGCUUUUCUACCACUAACCAUUGGCGGUAGUAAUGAAACUCUUCAGACACCUGGAGUAUGUGAUCUUGCCUUUAAAACAAGGCAAGGAUUAGCCAGCCCAGGCCCAGAUUUAAAUGGACCUUAAUUAAGGCUUCCCACCAUAAGUUGCCACCUUUUAAAUAAAGGGUGCCAAUUUGGGCCCAGUCAGUACCCUUCAGGGAGCAGAAUCAAGACAAAUGGGAGUUUUGCUUUGUGCACGCUCUAAGGAUCCCUCAGCAAGGACCUACCUCACUGUCUAAAAGAAAUGCCCAAAUCAGGGUUCUGAGGCCCAAACAGCCUUGUGCUUUACAUAGUGAAGUGCCCGUGUUCCCCUGCCAAAGAACUCCCUGGAGCCAGGACUUGGCAAACUUAUUGGCCACAGGGAAAAUCUAGAAGAGCCUUGAGCUGCAAAUGGUUUUUCAGUUUUGAAAGGGUGGUCAAAGGAAAAAAGGGGCGGGGGCGGAGAGGGAUAGAAUAAUGCAACAGAGACUGUAUGUGACCUGUAGAGCCUAAAUAUUUACUAAAUGUCCCUUUAUGGACAUGUCCCUUUAAAAUGUUCACUGACCCCUGCAGGAACGACCCCAUUCAAGAAAGGAUAUGCAUUGGCAUCCUCUCUUAAUUCAGGAAGCUAGUUGCCAUUUGUGGACAUGGAAAGAUGGGCAAGAGAAGAGAACAAACUUCAAUCUUAAAAUAUUUGAGUGUGCACCAGAAUUCCACUUCUUCGUCUUUCCCUCUAGAUUAUUUUCAAGAUCCGUUUUCUCAUAAGCCAGCAAACAGGCCCUUCCCCACAGACUGAAAAAGUGCUGUUCCAGUGGGCCCACCACAUGGUGCUGAGAAGCCUGUGGUCUCGGGAGGAUUGCACAGGGGUCUUUCUGAUGCCAGGGAGGGCCAGGCUGCGAGGCAGGCCCGGGAGGAGCUUAAUUCAGGAGAGUAAUUCAUAUCAGUUAAGGGCUGGCCAAGAAGGUAGGGAACUCGGAAUACUUGGAAUAGGAAGCAAAAGAAGUUGGACCGGUGGAAACUUGCUAAGAGCCUUGUGGAAGAAAAAUGCUCUAUGUUGAGCUUCGUUGGAAGCACUAUGGGAAGUGCUGUUGUCCCCUCCUCAUACCGUGCAGUGCUUCUUUCUAAACCUUCCGAGGAUGCUAAUAAAGAUUUUAUAGUCCAUUGAAGGGCAUCACAGCAAAAGUACAAGCAUACCCAUUUGUACCAGUGCUUUUUGCAUAUUUUCACCCUAAACUGCUGGCCAUAGGCCUGGGGGUAAGCUGGAGAGGCUGCAGGCUGCUAGGCCUGGGCCCCCAGGAGGCUGGGAAGGCCGCUCGUUCACCACCCAUGUCCGCACCCGCACCCGCGUGCCCAGGUAGGCAAGCUCUAGACUGACCGGUGUCUAAAUUUUAAAUAUCAGGCCUGCAUAGUUUUCCAUAGGAGAAGCAUGCAUCACUUAGCAAGAAACUCGGAAAGGCAAAUGUGUUUUCUGAGCUAAAAAAAAAAAAAAAAUGAGCUUUAGGAUUUUGUGUGGUUACGUGCAAUGCAGUAAAACUACCUACAUGUAAAUUAUUUUGUUAUUUAUUUCCACUUCCGUGUUUCAUUUUUUAUGAUACUGAUUUUCCUGUUCAGUAAUGAAUGAUGUGACCAACCCAGGAGAAUUCUUUGUUCGGUUACUGAGAUGAUACUUUACAGUUAGGAAUUACAAACACUGAGGGAGAAUUUUUAAAUGUUUUUUUUUUAGUUUGUUUUUUAAUUUAAGUGAUGUUUUCUGUUCAAGGUAAGAAUAAUCAUCUUUGGGGUGUUGUGGUGUAUCAUUUUCCAUGUUCGGCCACCUCACGUUGCCACACUUAACAGACAGAUGGGUGUUGAGAGCCAAUGAGAAGAAAGCUCAGCCACUGGCCCAUAGGCUCUUGGUUUCUUAUGACUGACAUGGGUUUUUCUCCGAUGUUCGAAUCUUGUUACCUGUUAGAAAGCUUAGUUGAACUUGAAUCUAAAUUCAGUAAAAUAAAUUAUCUGAGUCUGACUGAA